AUGCACUCCUCUCGGUUGUCCUGCCUCGUUCUUCUAGCUCUCAAUCUCUUUGCCACGGCUGCGCCUGCUGGUAAGCCACGCGGCCACGCUGGCACUGGCAAGCACGUCGAUGCAAGCUCUAAGGAGUCCGAACUCGAUGCCUGCCAGAUGGUCAACCACGUCCCUCGCAGCGAAGAAGCCAUAUGCUCGAAUCUUCUUGUCGGUCUCAAGCUCGUCGAUCCCCACUAUACGACGAACGGGACAGGCGACCUGGCAACUACUUCCCGCACUGACGUUGCUCAGCGCGCUCCUGAGGAUCCGGAUUGCGUGGGAUCUCACUGCAGCACAAAUGCACUCGCCAAUAGGAUGCUCGCUACGCCCACCCACGAGGCCUUUGUACCCAAGACGGCUACAUGCACUGGCGACGCCUGUAACGGGAAAGCUCCAAAUUCCGGAAUGCCCGCCGAACCGACGCGCACGAGUGCCGAGCCCACUCGUGUUUACGAGUCUCGAGGCCCUCGGCUCGCCCGGGGAUGUCCCGCGCAACUCUUUCCUUCCUCGAAUCAUGCUGCAUAA